GGCCCGCAGCUGUGCUGCCUCCCCGACGGACGACGCAGAGAAGCAGAGAAAAGGGCGAAGAAGAAGCGGCUGAAAACUCUCCGCGAACGCGUUACAAACUUCCCGUGAAUCUAACUCGACCGCGCGCUUGUUCACGACAUUCUUCAGGGACUUUACGCGCAGAUUUUGGAGACGUUUGCGUGUCAGGCUCCGUGCGUAACGGAGAGCCCACCUGUCCGACGAAGGUAGAUUUCACUCCGUUUCCUCUAGGAUGUGAAUCUCCCUGAUUUGUGAGAAGAAGCGGAGCAGCGCGAGCAGCAAGUCGGUAAACUAGGCACGGAGCUGGCGCGCGGGGAAAACAUGAACAGCCCCGUGAGGAGCGGAGACGCGCAGGCUGCAGCGGAGUGAGAAAAACAAGUUUUCCACGCUGAGAUGGAUGGAGAACAUUCCACUCUGUCAGGCGUGGAGAAGGAAAGAGAGAGACUUCCACCCAUCUGCUCCCCUCCUGCGGUUCUGGGUCGAGGAGCCAAGCAGCCGUUUCCAUCUCUGGGCACCUUUAUCUCCACCCUGAGCCAGAGGAGGGACUUGGGGGGGCGGGGCUUCACUGGUGGCAUCAUGAGCACCAUCACCAGCACAACAGGACUCAAACACCGGAGAGAGCUGCCUCCCAUCUGCAGCGAUGUUCGCCAGAAGCAGCGGCUCUCCAUCGACACUCUGCCUCCAGAAGUCAAAGCUCCAUUCCCCUCUGAUCCCGUCAUCCCCCUGCGAACCAAGACCACCAAGGAGUUCCAAGAGGACAUGGAACGUGCCGUCCAAUCAGGUGACUGGAGGGAGGUCAGAGAGUUUUACCUGACCACCUUCGACUCCUUCAUAGAGAUCAACGCAGCCUUCAAGCGAGAGGCGAAUGGAUUGUUCAACACAACAGAGGACUCAGGAGUCAACGCCAAGUUUGUCAACGCUGUUUACGAUGCGCUGCUCAGCACACCUCAGGACAUCCAGAAAUCAGUGUUGAAAGGGAUCAUCAACAGCCUGCUGAGGGAGUGGAAAGGGCCUCGGACCAAAGACGAUCUACGAGCAUAUUAUAUUCUCAUUCAGAACCCGCAGUAUUCCAGCACCAGCACCUACGUGAUCUACGCUCACCUGCUGAGGCAGAUCGCAGCUCUGUCCGAGGCCGACCACCACUUCCUGGUUCACUGGCUCAAGAGGCUGUCAGUGAGGCGCUUCCGGCAGCUUGUAGAGCGCCUCCUGCAGUUCAUUUCCACACGCCUGUUUCCUGCAGAGCCAGAUGAACUCCCCCCUUUAGCCAAGUGCUCCUGGUGGAUUCCUUCUGCUACCAAAGUUCUCAGCCUGUGCAAUGCAGCCAACAGUGUCUCCUCUCCUCCCAUCAUGCCCUUCACUGACUUCUACAAUAUCACCUUGGAGCACAUAGACUUCAUGGAGGAGUACCGGACCUGGCAAAACUACGGCAACUCAAACAGGUUUUCUUUCUGUCAGUUUCCCUUCAUCCUGUCGACGGUGGUGAAGAAAGCCAUCAUCCAGAAAGACUCUGAGCAGCAGAUGAUCAGCCAGGCCAGGCAAAGUCUGGUCAGCAAAGUGUCUCGCAGGCAGAGAGUGGACAUGAACCUCCUGUUCCUCAACAUUAAAGUACGACGAGCACAGCUCCUCACCGACUCACUGGAUGAGCUGACGAGGAAGCGGUGCGACCUGAAGAAGAAGCUGCGGGUGACGUUUGUCGGGGAGGCGGGGCUUGACAUGGGCGGCCUGACGAAGGAGUGGUUCCUGCUGCUGGUCCGACAGAUCUUCCACACAGACUACGGAAUGUUCACGUACAUGAAGGACUCGCGCUGCCAUUGGUUCAGCAGUUGGAAGUGUGACAACUAUUCCGAGUUCCAGUUGGUUGGGACUCUGAUGGGCUUAGCCGUGUACAACAGCAUCGCUCUGGACAUCCACUUCCCUCUCUGCUGCUACAGGAAGCUCCUGACUCCACCUACUGCACCAUGUGACCAAAAUGCCCUUGUUGGCAUGACAUCCGCCACCUUGGACGACCUGCAGCAGGUCAUGCCAGAUCUGGCUCACGGUUUAGGGGAGCUGCUGAGCUACGAGGGGAAUGUGGAGGAGGACUUCUACCUCACCUUCCAGGUGUCCCAGGAGGAGAUGGGCAUUGUCAAAUCCUACAGCCUGAAGCCUGGAGGAGACAAAAUCCCUGUCACCAAGCAGAACAGGAAGGAGUAUGUCCAGCUCUAUGUGGACUUCCUGCUGAAUAAAUCCAUUUCUAAGCAGUUUGCCGCCUUCUACCACGGCUUCCACAGUGUGUGCGCCUCUGACGCCCUCAUGCUGCUGCGUCCAGAGGAGGUGGAAAUGUUGGUGUGUGGGAGUCCAGAGCUCGACAUGAGUGCGCUGCAGAAAGCUGCUCAGUAUGAAGGAUACAGCAAGACGGACAGCACCGUCCGGUGUUUCUGGGAUGUGGUCUUGGCAUUCCCUCUGGAGCUGCAGAAGAAGCUCCUCCACUUUGCCACAGGAAGUGACCGCGUUCCCGUCGGUGGAAUGGCCGACCUCAACUUCAAAAUCUCAAAGAUUGAUGUCCCGACUGACUGGCUUCCGAUCUCUCACACCUGCUUCAAUCAGAUCUGUCUGCCUCCAUAUCGAACCAGGAAGGAGCUCAAACACAAGCUCACCAUCGCCAUCUCCAACGCCGAAGGCUUUGGUCUGGAAUGAGGAGCAAUGCUAGCUCAGCGCCUGUACGAGCACCUCCCAGACCUCUGGCUGUGGAUCAGACGCUCAGCACGCCAGUCUGAAAGUUUAUUAUUCUAACCAAGCGGAACUCAUCAGUUUUAACUCUUUUUUUAUCUGCAGCAGAUAAAAUGGGAGCUUUGGAUUUAAUUUGCACGAAGACCCUGAGUAAAGAUGACUAAAGAAAUUCUCUUAAUUUAGACGAGUGCAGCACUGUGCAAAAGCUUCAUGCAGGUUCUCCAAAAUGUUACAGUACUCUGGAAAAGUCUAGAAGACAGCCGUUAAAUCAGCAGGAUUUACUGAAACACCUGACAAUAUAGAUCCAAAUCCAGUUUCUGAGUCAGAACCCGAGUCAGUCCAGUUGUAAGGAUCUUAAAGUAAGUUCAUCCCAGUCUGAACCCUCUUAGAGAAGCUUUCCCUCAUUUCUUUACAUCUCCAGGAUCCUUGAAGGACUUUCCAGACUUUCUCUGGAUGUUUCUGCCUUUUGUUCCGUUAUCUGUCCAGAUGAUUCCACACUGCUUCACCCCUUCACCAGACCCACCAAGGUCUGGUUCCUGGGGGUGAUCCUUUCCUAGACCUGCCAGGUCCGGAUUCUGGGGAGGGUCCGUCCCUUCACCAGACCCGCCAAGGUCCGGUUCCUGGGGAUGGUCUGUCCUCCAUCAGACUUGUUUCCACUGAUGUUCAGUCCAUUUCGUGUGUCAUGGAGACCAUUUCUGAUGAGGCUUGAGAAUGAGGACUGGACCAGGUCUCUGGACCAGGACUUUUACACAGUACACCAACAUUUUCUUCAUUUUCAAACCAGAUGAUAAAAAACACUCAACAGUAUUUUUUAGGUAUUCUCACUUUGCUUUCCGAGCUGGACAUUCGGACACUCUGACAAAAUGACGUGACCCCUAUAUAGAGCACUAUGUAGGGCGUAGGGUGCACAUUCGGACACAUCCAAUGUUUCCAUGUUCCCAUGGUUCCAUGUUUCCGUUCCAUCUUUCCAUAGUUCCAUGUUCCCAUGUUUCCAUAGUUCCAUGUUCCCAUGUUUCCAUAGUUCCAUGUUUCCAC